UCGAGCUCAUCAGAACGCGGCAAGAAACCUGCCUCGAUUCAUCGACUCAGCUCACCCUCAACUCAUUGCUUGCUGACUUGUCCGAAAGAAAAAAGAACCCUCCUAUAUACUCUCACACCAAGAAAACUAGACAUCAUCACAUCAAAUCGAAGAUAAGAGAGUGAAAGCUUGAAAAAAUGUUCAGGAAUCAAUACGACACGGACGUUACCACAUGGAGUCCUGCGGGUCGAUUGUUCCAGGUAGAGUACGCGAUGGAGGCAGUGAAGCAAGGAUCAGCGGCGAUUGGACUCCGAUCUAAGACUCACGUGGUUCUUGCAUGCGUUAACAAAGCCAACUCCGAACUCUCCUCUCACCAGAAGAAGAUUUUUAAGGUCGAUGACCAUAUCGGUGUCGCCAUCGCUGGACUCACCGCUGACGGCCGUGUUUUGUCUCGGUACAUGCGAACUGAAUGCAUUAAUUACAGUUUCAAUUACGAGUCUCCGCUUCCUGUUGGUCGCCUCGUCGUUCAGCUUGCGGAUAAGGCUCAGGUUUGUUUGCUUAUUUUUAGAAGGCCUAACUUUCUUUGUAGGUUUGGACUUUGGUCGCAUACCCAACACAAAUGA